AUGUUUCAUGCCGGGAACCGCGUAUCAAGUACAUCGAGGUGGAGGCCGGAUCUCCGAAGCUUCCAAAUACGCCACGCCCAGACAAAUCAUACACAACAAAAGUUCCAGUCAAAUGAUGAAAGCGAUAGUGGAGCUCGCGAGAUCACCGAGCCGUAUGAGAAGAUUGUGUGCGCUCCAUUAGAAUACCUGCUCUCUAUUCCAGGGAAAGAUAUCCGGGGCAAAUUGAUAUCAGCUUUCAAUGAAUGGCUCCAUCUGCCGGAUGAUAAAUUGGCCAUUGUGAAAGAAGUGAUUGAUCGGCUGCAUACAGCAUCGCUACUGAUAGAUGAUAUUCAGGACGCAUCUCAUCUCCGUCGGGGACAUCCUGUGGCUCAUGAUGUCUUUGGAAUCGCCCAAACCAUCAAUGCAGCCAACUAUGCAUACUUUCUACAACAGAAAAGGUUGAGUGAGAUAAAUGACCCGCGCGCAUUUCCUAUUUUCACUCAAGCGCUCUUGGAUCUGCACGUAGGCCAAGGGAUGGACCUCUACUGGCGUGACGCGCUGGUGUGCCCCACGGAAGCGGAAUACACCCGUAUGGUUAUGUAUAAAACCGGUGGAUUGUUUCGACUUGCAGUAGAAUUGAUGCAAAUUCAAAGCACUACAACUACGGACCUUUCCCGACUCGUGGAGCUAUUGGGAAUCAUCUUCCAGAUCCGGGAUGACUAUAUGAAUCUGCAGAGCGGGAUUUAUGCAAAGAAAAAAGGAUUGAUGGAGGACUUAACAGAGGGAAAGUUUUCCUAUCCUGUGAUUCAUAGCAUCCGUGCGGUUCCAGGCAACAUGCAACUCAUCAAUAUUCUCAAACAACGCAGUGAAGACAGAGCAGUCAAAGUCCGUGCCGUGCAGUACAUGGAGUCAACCGGGAGUUUUCAGUACUGCCGGGAGGUAUUGGGAGGGUUGAUGGAGCAGGCACGAAGCCAUGUUGACGAGCUGGAGAUACUCUUGGGGCCCAAUCAGGGAAUUCGUCAUAUUCUUGAUUUACUUGAGGUCUAA